AUGGACUGCCGGUCUUCGUGGCCGGAGGCGUCUUUGCUUACGGGUAUACGUGUUUUCCUCCGCAGCUUCCUUCAUUUGUGUAAUGCUCUCUUCAGUACUAUGGUGUCCUCCACCAUUUCUGUUUCCCGAUUAAAUUACUCCACACCACCACCGACUCCAGCCCGAUGUUUGGGCUUAAUUCCCCCAAUUUCACCAUCUGUUCGUUGCCUUUGGUUUCGCCCAUCUUCACCGUCAUCUUCAACACCGUUGACUUAUGGUGUUGAGGGGUUGGUAUUGUUGAAGACAACAAUAAUAAGCUAUUCCAUUCUCAGGUUCUUAUAUGGUCAAGUAGUCUCAAAUUUACAGAUUGCAGUUUCUGACAGGGUGUUUAUCUGGUUGCUGGCAUACGUGUUAUCUCCUCAUAAACCCACCACUUCCCGACUUGCGCAAAUUGGUCAUUUGGUCCCCAUUUUCAGAAGUGAGGCCCAAGGUUUGGUGUAUCUGACACACGUAGGUGAACACAGUGAUGGGGGCUUUACAUUAUUCUACUUUGACUACUCCGAUAUGGUUGAGUUUCUUGCUUUCGAUAUCUACACAAAAUAAAAAUCCAAGCCUCCAUUCAAAGUGAAACCCUGGUGGCUCCUUAUAGCUUGAAAUUGUUUUGGCAUUAUACAAGGGUUCACUAUUCUUUUGUUUUUUCGUGUUUUUGCUGGUAAUUUAUUUUAUUUAGGGUUGAUAUUUUGAUAUUCCUCUUUUGAAUAAAGAGGAUAUGCUUCUGCUUCUACUGUGUUGUGUGGAUAUGUUACAUUCGUAGACAAUUUUUCCCUUGAAGGAAAAGAUUUGUGAUAGAAAUAAACCUGGCAUGAGUUCUAUAAUUGAUUGGUGGUUGAC